CUCCAAACCGCAAACAGCUCCUGGCUCAAAAAGUCUGUAUCUUGGAUUCCCAUUGCCGGAAUCUUGUAACGUGCACGGGAUCCCAAUAACCGUAAUUAUGAAAAAGACAUGUUUGUGAUUCCUCCAACGAAACAAGGAUAGGAAAGUCCAAUCCCAAAAAUAUCUAUAUUCCAUUUCAUUAUCGAAAAAAGGAAAACAAACAACCGCUAAACAAAAUUCCUUCUUCUUCUUACAACAAGAACAAGAAUCACCAUGGGAGCUCAAAACAUCUGGAACGCCAUGGAAGUUGCAGAAGAAGCUCGUGAAUCUUGUAAUUUCAAUAUUCCUUCGUCUUCUAUUACUAUCGAGAUCUCUCUUCCUCUCCCUGAAAUGACACCUCAAAUCAUAAAAUUGUGCAAGGAUCUGUUUAAAAAAUGGUCAAAUUUGGAGGAUUCUCGUUUUUCAGUGGAGACUGUUUCUGGUGGCAUAACUAAUCUAUUAUUGAAGAUUACGGUGAGAGAAGAAGAUGGAAAUACUGUUUUCAUGACUGUUAGAUUGUAUGGACCGAAUACGGAAUAUGUGAUUGACAGACAACGGGAGCUUCUGUCCAUCAGAUAUCUCUCUGUAGCUGGAUUUGGUGCUGAGUUGUUUGGAGUAUUUGGGAAUGGCAUGGUGCAAUCUUUCAUCAACGCACGUACGCUUGAACCUUCAGACAUGAAAAAGCCAAAUCUGGCUGCUGAAAUUGCACGCCAACUCAGUAGAUUUCAUCAGGUGGAGAUACCAGGUUCUAAAGAGCCACAAUUGUGGAACGAUAUCUUCAAGUUCCUUGAAAGAGCAUCUGGUCUUAAGUUUGAUGAACAUGAAAAGCAGAGAAGGUAUGAGACAAUAUCGUUUGAAGAAGUUCGUCAUGCUGUUAAUGAGCUGAAGCAUCUAACAGACCUCCUUAAUGCUCCAGUGGUUUAUUCUCACAAUGAUUUGCUUUCUGGAAAUUUGAUGCUCAAUGAUGAUGAAGAAAAGCUUUAUUUCAUUGAUUUCGAGUACGGGUCGUACAGCUACAGAGGCUAUGAUAUUGGAAACCACUUCAAUGAAUAUGCAGGCUUUGAUUGUGACUAUAGCUUGUACCCCAAUAAGGAUGCACAGUAUCAUUUCUUUAGGCAUUAUUUGAAGCCUGACGUACCGCAAGAGGUGUCUGAUAAAGAUCUUGAAGCUCUAUAUGUCGAGACAGAUUCUUACAAGUUAGCGUCGCACUUGUAUUGGGCGCUAUGGGCAUUAAUCCAGGCUAAGAUGUCUCCAAUCGAUUUCGAUUAUCUUGGGUACUUCUUUUUGCGUUACGAUGAAUACAAGAGGCAAAAGGCAAAAAGCCUCUCACUGGUGCAAUCAUUCCUUGCUAAUCCUCAUACCAGGUGACGUGAAGAAUCUAUGCAGCCCACCUGGCUCGUGAAAAAUGUUGUUAUUUGUAUGCUGUGAAACUUUUUAGCAAAAUAGAUUCUUUUAGAUUAGGUGUGUAGCCACUUUUUCAAAUCGAUGAGUAUGAAAGCGAAAGAUUUGUCUCAGCGAGGGUGUGAUUUAUUCUUUUAUGUUGUAACUCGAGAAUAAUGUAUAGUUUUUGAUCAAUUCAGAGCUGUUGGUUUUGGUUGCAUGAAGUGCA